AGAUGGAGCAAUUCCACAAGUCUACAUGUUAUGCUGACUGCCUCAUAGAACCCAAGGAAGAAAUGCUAGACGACCUGAUAACCGACAACUGUGAGGAUGACACGGACGUUAUACCCAAGGAAGAGCUAUCCAGCACUAGUCUACACCGAGAUGAUGGUCUGAAUGAGCACAAAGUGGACAUGGUCAUGCCCAUCAAGACAGAACUGACUUUAAGUGCCAACAUCGCUCAAAUACGCAGACAAUACGAGUUAUCUCAACAUGAAGGUGUAUUAGACAAGGAUGUGUGUGUGGAACCCACACUGGCAAAGAUUAAACGGGAGCGACGCGAAAGCGCAAGUGUGGACGCGGGCUGCUCGUCACGCGUCGCUCCUUUGACCGCAAGAUUUGCGACGAAUAACGAAAACAAUGUGCGAUCUGAAGACGCCGAUACGGUCCAGAAAAUUACCAACGAACAAUUAGACAACCAAUCAUUUGAUAUCAACCGUCUAACAAAGAUAUACAGAUUGACAAAUUGUGUAGUCAAAUUAUACGAUGUUUUCAAGACACAUAACAAAGAUGUACUGAUACAAGACAAAUCGCUGGUGAAAAAACGAACUGCUAUUAGUCCUUGUGACAGUCAUAGUGAUACUGCUUCUGAAGAUUUCAACUCUCACAUAGUAAAGCACAAUAAAGACAGACAUAUUAUUAAGAUGGAGAACAUUCAACCUGCCACUAAUAAAGUUAAAGACGCUCCUUUGUUGAAGAAACAUACGCAACGCCAACGCGGUAAAACUGCUGAAAAAAAGGAACUUCCAUCUUGCGACAAGCAGAAACAAUUUAAACACAAAAGUGAUUUAGCUGUCCACAUGAAAACUUACACUAGCGAGACAAAGUGCUGUGACCUAUGCCAGAGAAAAUUUACACGAAAAGUUAGUUUAAUUCAGCAUAUGAACGCUCACGUACGAGCGUAUUUGAAUACUUUCAUUUGUGAUAUAUGUCAGAAAACAUAUACAACUAAAAGAAAUUUAAAGAGGCACAUGAAGACUCACACUGGACAGAAAACAUAUCCUUGUGACAUUUGCCAUAAGAAAUUCACUCAGAAAUCUAACUUAAGAAUACACAUAAGAACUCACACUGGAGAUAACCCGUACUCUUGUCACGUUUGUCAGAAGAAAUUCAUACAAACAGGAAACUUUAAUACGCACAUGAGGUCUCACAUUGGUGUGAAACCUUUUUGUUGUGACGUUUGUCGGAAGAAAUUUGCACGAAGAAGUACCUUAACUUGUCACAUGAGUACUCACGCGGGAGAGAAACGAUAUUCUUGUGACCUGUGUGAGAAGAAAUUUACACAAAAAAGAUGCAUUGAUACGCACAUGAGGACUCACACUGGUGUGAACUUAUUCUCUUGUGACCUUUGUCAGAAGAAAUUUGCACAAAAAAUUAGUUUAAUUAGACAUAUAAUCACUCACACGGGUGUGAAACCUUUUUGUUGUGACAUUUGUCGGAAGAAAUUUGCACGAAAAAGUAUCUUAACUUGUCACAUGAGUACUCACACUGGUGUGAAACCUUUUUGUUGUAACAUUUGUCGGAAGAAAUUUGCACGAAAAAAUUAUUUAAUUAGACAUAUAAUCACUCACACGGGUGUGAAACCUUUUUGUUGUGACAUUUGUCGGAAGAAAUUUGCACGAAAAAGUAUCUUAACUGGUCACAUGAGUACUCACACUGGUGUGAAACCUUUUUGUUGUAACAUUUGUCGGAAGAAAUUUGCACGAAAAAAUAAUUUAAUUAGACAUAUAAUCACUCACACGGGUGUGAAACCUUUUUGUUGUGACAUUUGUCGGAAGAAAUUUGCACGAAAAAGUAUCUUAACUGGUCACAUGAGUACUCACACUGGUGUGAAACCUUUUUGUUGUAACAUUUGUCGGAAGAAAUUUACACGAAAAAAUGAUUUAAAUAGACAUUUUAUGAAGACUCAUACUUGAGAAAAAUUGUGUUGUGAUAUGUGUCAGAAGAAAUUUACACGAGAACUUUCUUUGAUUAAGCAUAUGAAAAAUCAUAUGAGCUGAAAAACUUACUCUUGUGACCUUUGUCCGAAAAAAUAUACACAUAGAAGAAAAUUAACGAGGCACAUGAAGACUCACACUGUAGACAACUGGUUUUCUUGUGACCUUUAUCACAGUCUAUUUACGCAAAGCAAUAUUUUAACAAAGCGCAUGAGACAAGAUACACUAUUCUUGUGGCUUAUGACAAAAGGUAU